GUCAACCAUGGACAUCCUCUACCAGUUGUCCUCCUACUAGAACCGGGACGCCCCAAUACCCGACCGUUCUACUCGAGUCUGGCCAUGUCGUGUUGCAAAAAUUCUGCGAACGUUCCCUGCUUGGGUUGCUCGUGUUUGUUUUCGCCGUUUGGUCAAUUUGACUCGUAUUUGGAUUGCUCCCCGUUACUACUCCACGCUUCUAGCUUUGACCUUUCACAGCUGAAUAGAUCUCACUGCUUCUUUGGAUUGAGUGAUCAAUAGGUCUGCGACGGGUAAGGAGCUGCUUUCUCCUUGAGAGUUCUCCUGCACCUCAACUAUGGAUUUCCGCCCGACCACCCCCCACCACGCCCCUACCAUGUCAGAUCCAGUUAAUAGUGGCUUAUUUCGGAUCCAAGAUGAACGCAACAUUGAUCCGAAUACUCGUGAUGGCGCCGAAGCCGGGUACGUCAUGUCAAAUUUGCGACGUGCCCACACCGUGGCGCAGGACAGAAAUGUGAGCAAACGGAAAGUCGGGGCCAGAAGAACAAGGCAACAACUCGCAGGGGCAUUGCUUCGUGCUAAGGACAGUCAUGACUUGCUACAACGGCGCUCCUUGAAACGCUAUAAUACCAAUGGAACACCGCGUGAUGCAUUUGCGGCUGCGAGGGAAGCGAAGAAUUUCACGGUAGGGAAAGUCGGUCACAAUGGAAGAAUGUACCUUAGACCGGUUGUGAGCGUAUCCCCCAAGGACCCCGGCUCGCCUCCUGUUGUGUCUCCCUUGUCUGGUCAGCGUAAAGAUGAACAACUAAGCCAGAAACCAUGCGAACCAAUUGAAGAUGGCUCGAUGAGCUCAUCGAGCUCUCAGUUCUCCGAAUCCUUAAGAAGGCUUGAAGUCGAAGAAAGCUGUGAUGAUAACGAGUCUGUCACAUCCAAUUCCACCCGGUCAGGUCGCGUACAUAGUCGCCUUCUCAAAGCACGUUCCUAUGCUACUAUUCCAGAGCGUCGACCGACAUCACAUCUGAAGCAUCGGGAGGAGCUCCGGAUUGUCAUCAAUCGGCCGGAGGACAGACCAAAGACGGCUGAUGGGAACAUCCCCUUGUUCCUUGAGGUCCCAAUCCCUCAUCAUAGGCUGGGCACAAUCGAAUUCAAUAGUGAGGGGGACACCGUUCUGCACGAUUCUGUUUACACGAGAACAUCGGGCUCGGACAAUCCUAUGCUGUCGACGCCCCUGGGGGAAAACUCGGUAAGCCGACCUUCAGUCUCUCUUAGGGUAAACGCUAGCAGUUCACUGCUGCCGGACCGGCCCUCCUUCAUUGAGUCGAUGUUCUCUGGUGUGGCUGCUUUGGAUCCGAACAGGGGUUCUUCUGGGACUCCAAAACCAGUCUUCUACAAGAUGAAUGAACCAGUAGUGCCGUCAAUAUUUGAUUCCCUGCUACGAGGCAUGAACGAACCGUCCGUCGUUCGAUACAUCCCGGGAACAAAAAAUAUCAGUGCUGCCACUCCUGCCCGUAUUGUUGCGGAGAUCUCGUCGGAUUCUUUCAUGGACUAUGAGCUGGUCUCUGACUUUUUCCUCACUUUUCGCUCCUACCUCUCUCCAAGCGAUCUCCUGUCUCUUCUACUUGCCCGUUUACAGUGGGCCAUCAACCGCUUGCAAAGCGAUGGGAGAAUUAUCCGUAUUCGCACUUUUGCCGCCAUCAGACAUUGGAUAUUGAACUACUUUGUGGACGACUUUGUCCCGAACUAUGAUCUUCAGGUUCAGUUCUGUGACGCCAUCAAUUCAAUGUACGAUGACGUUAAGAACCGGGAAGAUAUGAAUACAAGCGAUCUCAAAAUACUACUUGAUCUCAAGCGAUGUUGGCACGGCAGAUGCGCCGUAUACUGGGAUAUUCCAAACGCAUUUCUCUAUGAUGAUCCAGAUACUGCCAUUAUCCCCGGUGGUCCAGUAGACGGGCAAGCCGAUGAUAAUGAUAUCGAUGGAAUGCAUCACGAAUCCUUCGUUUAUCCCGACAUACCAACUACAGCUCCUAGUUUUCUACCAACAGUUCCUGGGAAUGAUGAAACUGGCGAACACUUCCGAAAACCCUCUUCAGCAACAGCAAGAAGUAUACCUAUUUCGAUAAGCAGCGACCAAAGCAUACAUGCAGCCUCCUGUUCAUUGCCCCCCAAAUCCGCUAGACGUUGGUCUGGGCUCAACCGAGGCAGGGCACCCCAUCUGGUGCCUCUUGUACCUCCGAGGUUUACAUCUGGCACAAAAGACCAUCCUCCUUGUUCGCCCGUCACCCCACGGAGCCGUCCAACCUAUGGCCAUGCACACAAGCGCAGUGGAAGCUUUUCCGAUUCCGCACGAGUCGAUUGGGUGCCCCAGGACCAGCAGUAUCUUGCCUCAGCGUUGGAGCUACCGAAUCUCGGGAGCCUAAUACGUGGGGAUCUAUACCCACCAGCGGAGUCCUACGCGACGUUAAUGGCACCACCUUCACCCUCUGUGCCUGUGGAUGCUGCUACCGGCCGGCAACGUGACUCGAAUGAGAAUUCCAAGCCUGCCUCCUUCUCAUCCCUCGGUGUGAAGACAAUAAUAGGGUCUAUCCGUCGAGUUCUUCAAAGUAAAAAUGGCGGUCAGAAUCCCGAGUCGCGGGGCGGAAGUGCGUCGCUACGGCCGUCAAUGAGAGGCAAGACGUCCGCUUUGCCUGCGAAUCUUGCCUUCGGAUCCCGGCUCUAUCGAGAUAGAAAGGCAUCGCUGCCAUCACAGAAGGGAGUCAAAAUCGAUAUCCUCUGUGAUCAAGUACUCAGGCAAUAUCGUCUUGCCGUAGCGGGCCAACGGGAUGGUGAGAACACUUGGCCAAACGCGGGUGUAAAUACCCAAUUUCGAUUAUCACUGUUUGAACCCGAACGAGAUGUCGGCCUUGCGACUCAGGUCUCCGGGUUCCGUCAGCCAAGGUUAGACAGCCGGUUGACUGCAGGAAGUGAGUCCAUUCUCAUAAUGGACGACACAGGCAUGGGCGCUCCUUACAUGUCCGGAGCUCACGCUGCUCCCGGACCUAAAAACGAGACGAACUCUUCCAGAGGUGUAUCUUUGGGCCUCGGAGUCUCGAUACGACCGGAAGAUAGCCGUACCUCUUUCCCAAUCUACUACGAUAAUACCCCCCCUAGGCAACUAGUUCCCGCUCUCUCCGAACCUGAUUCCACAGUUCAAAGGCGAUCGUAUUCCGUUGGAUGGAGGUCCGGAUUUCGCAAAAGCGUAUCUCCCUCAGUUCGCCUACGGAAGUAUGCUUCUUUUCAAAGUGGUGUUUCAAAGCAACAACGCCACACUCUGCACAGUGAGAUAGUGUCAUCUGAGGUCGAAAGGGUGGAUCCCGGUCAAGAAGAUCCAGGCAAGCCUUUCAGCCGGAUGCUCCGUCGGCGGCCUGGCGGUGAUUUAAGAAGAAUGCGAGACAAUGGAUCAUACAAUUCCGGUGUCUCGCAUCGCAGUUUCACUACCACUACUACACAGAGUAGACAUGGUUCCAUGUCCGAGGCGUCCAUCCACCCUACUCCUAACCGAUUUUCACUCAUAGAGACAGGCUCGUCUCAGAAUAUGCGGCCCUCGUUUGAGGAGGCCAUUGCGCAGUUUGCCCAGAUCCCCGACGAUGAAGACGGCGGCAUCGAAUCGACGUUGCUCAAGCUCGAAGGCAAAUGGAAACGUCAAUCCGAUGAUCACUCUGGAAACACCAGAGACCCUGAAAAUGACGAUUUACAGUCUCAUGUCAACGGGAAUGAGCGCUUGUGGGAGCAGCGGCAAUCGUUCCAUAGUGGCCAUCGCUUUUAUGGCCGGAGUACAUAUAGCAGCUGGGAUGACGGCUCUGUGCGUCGCGAAACGGUUGUUGGUAAUCAUGGCGUGUACUCACAAAUUGGGGGAAUGUUAGCACCUCCUCGGCCGUACUCUGAAUCCAUUAUGGGGUCAGAAGAUUCGUAUUGUCCUAUACCACUUCUUGAGCGAGGCUUGAGCGAUGACUCUAUGAAGAAGCCCAAUUUCAGCCGGCUAUUCUCCAAUGCUCCAGCAAUGUCACCCCCUCGGCAAAGCGAAGAUAUGCACCGAGGUGCAUCCGAACUGGAAUCACCUCAUGCAUCUUUUGACCUGGUCAGGGUUACCGACAGUCUAAAAGCCAUUCCUCGAGGAUCCACGUUUCCUUCCAACCCUUCUGGAAAUUCGAAGCGGUCGUCGGAUGCUUCGGUCGAUGUUAUAGAUCCGUGCGAGGCUGUGGGCGAAGGACGGUCAACAGCAGACUUGAGCCUUAGCGAGUUGAAUUUUGAGAUCCCAUCUCACCCACUUGCGCACCCACCUUCUCCCCCAUUGACCAUUCAAAACUCCACAACUCCACGUAACACGACUCUGAAUCCGGUCGCAUUCCAGGCGCCGCCGCUCACCCCUGACCCCUCUCCACAUUAUGGUGGUAAACAAGAAGGCGACGAUGAGCGGUCUCGAGACAUCCAGCAUGUCUCCAGCGACGUCCUUAUGAGGUCUGAGACGGAUAAUGGACAGAGGUACUUUCUGGCAGCACCAGAAGUUGAACAUGUGCCCUUUGUUCUCGCUUGUGAAUCAACCGUCCUUGCUCAGCAACUGACAUUGGUGGAGAUGGCCGCACUGAGUGAGAUUGACUGGAGGGACUUGGUUGAUCUGAAAUGGAGCAGCGGGACCCCAUGCACGUCGAGCUGGGUCCAAUUUCUUUCUGAGGAGCGCAGGGGUAUCGACCUGGUGGUGGGACGCUUUAACCUUAUGGUGAAGUGGGUGCAGUCGCAAGUUGUCCUUACCGAGGACAUCGACGAACGGGCACGGACAAUUGUCAAAUUCAUCCACACUGCAGCACAUGCAAGGAGCAUCUGCAAUUACGCAACGACGCUGCAGAUCUGCAUCGCUUUGUCCUCGACCGAUUGUUCCAGGCUUCAGAAAACGUGGGCGCUCGUGCCAGCCAAAGACAAACGCCUUCUCAGGGAUAUGGAGGCUUUAAUCCAGCCUGUUCGUAAUUUCCAUGAUCUCCGUGUGGAAAUGGAAACGGCCAAUUUGCAGGAGGGCUGCAUACCCUUCGUUGGCCUUUACGUACACGAUCUCACGUACAAUGCGCAGAAACCUGUGCAGAUUGCGACCACCCGUGACGCAGAGCCUUUGGUAAAUUUCGAACGAUAUCGUCGAACAGCCAGAAUCGUCAAGAGCCUCCUUCGACUGAUUGAUGCCAGCAACAAAUAUAAUUUUGAGCCGGUACCGGGAAUUAUCGAGCGGUGUCUUUGGAUUGCUUCCCUCUCCGAUGCGGAGAUCCGCGCUCGAAGCAAGAAGUUGGCAUGAGAUUCUGGUUGCUAUCGCCCUCCUGCUGAUCAUGGUGAGCGAGGGCUGUCCAUAACCACGAUCCUGGGAACAGCUCCCGCCGCAGUGCUAUGCUGUUCCUUCACAUGUAAAUAUCGUUGUAUUUGUUUUUGGUUUGGUUCCUGGUGCUUCUUUUUUUACAAACGAUGUAUAGUGGUGCUAUGCAUAGCGAGCGAGUAUAUAACCUUGAUACCUGAUAUAUCACACAUUGCGUCAUGCAUUUGUCUGCAGCGGGGUCUUUAUUGAAUUUAACUGGAGUGAUUUAUUCAUGCGAACAGAAUGCAAAUUAAUUUUCGGUAGAAAAGAAAAGAGAGAAGGGAGACACUGGAAGCAAAAAAGGCGUCACCAAAGAAUCGGAACCUGCA